GUACUAGCAGGUUGAACACCUCUAGUGGAAGUAGCUUUUGGAACUGACCCCACCUUUGUUCAAUUUAUGUCCUCAUUCUUUGGGCUAGGGAAAACCCGGACAUUCAAGCCUCGCAAAGAUGUUCCAGAGGGUACGAAGCAGUAUCAGCUACGAAAGUAUGCAGAAGCAACUCUGGGGUCGGGAAAUCUCAGGCUAGCUGUCCAGCUGCCAGAGGGCGAAGAUACUAAUGAAUGGCUGGCAGUACACGCUGUCGAUUUCUUUAACCAUCUCAAUAUGUUGUAUGGUACCGUAACGGAGUUCUGCACACCGCAGGAGUGCCCCAUCAUGUCAGCUGGACCGCGUUACGAGUAUCUGUGGGAGGAUGGGAUCAAAUUCAAGAAACCAACUAAACUUCCUGCUCCGGACUAUGUCGACGCGCUAAUGAAUUGGGCACAGAAUAUUCUCGACGACGACGCGGUGUUCCCCAACAAAAUCGGUGUUCCAUUUCCGAAAAACUUUCGCGAUACCGUACGUACCAUCGUCCGCCGACUCUUUCGAGUGUAUGCGCACAUAUACAGCAAUCACUUUGACCAUAUCUGUGCUCUUGGCAUCGAAGCACACCUCAAUACCAGCUAUCGUCACUUCUUCCUCUUUAUAAACGAGUUUGAUCUUGUGGACAAGAAGGAGUUAGCUCCAUUAGAUGAACUGAAUGAUGCCAUCCUCGCAGAAGAUAAGACCAGAUAGUUUUUUCUUGCACUUUCGCUUGUAGCCGUGGGCUCCAACUUGGCCGUAACCUUGUACUUUAUUCCAGUCAUCAGACUUCUGAUGAUAUCGCAGAAGUUCUAGUUCCGUUAAAAGGCACAGCUCCAGACCCCACUGCCGCGGGCCCGCUGUCAAUAAUUCUGCAUUUCUACGUUGUCUGAGAUCGCAUCUAUAAAACUCACUACUACUACUCGCUUUCUCCUCCCCACAUUGCAUCAUGUUACG